AUGGCUGCCCAGGAAGGUCUCAAGGUCGCACUGCAUCCCCUCCCGCUGCUGUCCAUCUCGGAGCACUACACGCGGAUGUCGCUGCAGACUGGCAUCCCGGGCACACGAGUCGUCGGCGCAUUGCUCGGGACGCAGGCUGGCAGGGAUGUCGAGGUGAUGAACUCGUUCGAGGUGGUCGUCAACAACGAGGACGGCGUGCUCAAACUCGACCACGCCUACUUUGUCACCCGCCGCGACCAGUUCCGCCAGGUGUUCCCGACAUUCGACUUCCUCGGAUGGUACAGCGUUGGGCAGGCGCCGACCCCCGAAGACACGGCUCUGCACAAACAGUUCUUCGAAUACAACGAGUCACCCCUCUUCCUCCAACUCAACCCCUCCGCACCCUCUUCCUCCUCUUCGGAUGCACCAGGCGCGAAAGACCUCCCCGUCGCAAUCUACGAAUCCGUCGUCGAGAUCGUCGCCGACGAGCCGCAGCCUGUCUUUGUCAACACCCCGUACGAGAUCGUCACGGGUGAGGCGGAGCGUGUGGCGGUCGAGGGCGUGAGCAAGCCGGAGGCAGGGAACGAAGGUGGAGCGCAUGGGAACCUUCUCGCCACCCUCUCUACUCAGCGCAACGCCCUCUCAAUGCUCCAAUCCCGCGUCUCGCUCAUCGUCCAAUACCUCCGAGCCUGCCUCGCAGGCAAGGCUCGCAAGGACAGCGAGACGCUGAGGAUGAUUGCGAGUCUUGUUGGGAGUCUGCCUGGAGGUGCGGAGGUCGAAGGAGCGGAGGAGGCGAAGGAGGGAGGGGAAUUGAAGGAGGAGUUUCUGACGGAGUACAACGACGUCCUCCUGACGACUUACCUCUCGGCACUGACGAAGCAGCUCCUCACCGCCAACGAGCUCCUCGACAAGCAGCUCCUCUUCGUUGCGUCGUCUGGCUCGGGCGGAUCCGGCGGCGGCUUCGAAGGCGAAAAGAGCGGCGGAAGGGGCGGGCGCGGAUACGGCGGCAGGAACGUCAAGGCGUUCGGCUGA